AUGGCGGAAAACAAAGGAGGCGGCGGCGGAGGGGACGCGGCCGCCGAGGCCGCGCCGGGCGGCGGGGGGGGCCCGGACCCGCCCUGCGCCUCCCCGUCCGCCGCCGCGCCGCCCGAGGAGCGCGACAGCCCCGGCGCGGCCGCGGCCGAGCGCGGCGCCGGCGAGGCCGAGGCGGAGGCGGCGGCGGGGCCCGGCGCGGCGGCGGGGCCCGGCCCCAGCCCGGUGCCGCCGCUGACGCCCGCGGCGCCGGGGCCCUUCUCGCUGCUCGACACGUGCGCCGUGUGCGCGCAGAGCCUGCAGAGCCGGCGGGAGGCAGAGCCCAAGCUGCUGCCCUGCCUGCACUCCUUCUGCCGCCGCUGCCUGCCCGAGCCCGAGCGCCAGCUCACCGUGCCCGUGCCCGGCGGGGCCAACGGCGACGUGCAGCAAGUGGGGGUGAUCCGGUGCCCGAUCUGCCGCCAGGAGUGCCGGCAGAUAGACCUGGUGGACAACUACUUUGUGAAGGACACCUCGGAGACGCCGAGCAGCUCUGACGAGAAAUCUGAGCAGGUGUGCACGAGCUGCGAGGACAACGCCAGUGCCGUGGGGUUCUGUGUGGAGUGUGGGGAAUGGCUGUGCAAGACCUGCAUAGAGGCUCACCAGAGAGUCAAAUUCACGAAAGACCACAUGAUCAGGAAAAAAGAGGACGUGUCUUCAGAGGCCGUGGGAGCAUCUGGUCAACGUCCUGUUUUCUGUCCUGUGCACAAACAAGAGCAGUUAAAGCUUUUCUGUGAAACCUGUGACAGGCUGACGUGCAGAGACUGUCAGUUACUGGAGCACAAAGAACACAGGUACCAGUUCCUGGAAGAAGCUUUUCAGAACCAGAAGGGUGCAAUUGAGAAUCUUUUGGCCAAACUUCUUGAGAAGAAGAAUUAUGUAAAUUUUGCAGCUGCCCAAGUUCAGAACAGGAUAAAAGAAGUAAAUGAAACUAACAAACGAGUGGAGCAGGAAAUCAAAGUGGCAAUAUUCACCCUCAUCAAUGAAAUCAAUAAAAAGGGAAAAUCUCUCUUACAGCACCUCGAGAAUGUAACAAAGGAGAGGCAGAUGAAGUUAAUACAGCAACAGAACGACAUCACUGGUCUGUCACGACAAGUGAAGCACGUGAUGAACUUCACGAACUGGGCGAUCGCGAGUGGCAGCAGCACCGCUCUGCUCUACAGCAAACGGCUGAUAACUUUCCAGCUGCGGCACAUUCUGAAGGCGCGUUGUGAUCCCGUCCCGGCUGCCAACGGAGCAAUCCGCUUCCACUGUGACCCCACCUUCUGGGCCAAGAAUGUGGUCAAUUUAGGUAACCUUGUCAUUGAAAAUAAACCAGCCCCUAGUUACACUCCUAACGUAGUGGUUGGGCAAACCCCUCCAGCAACAAACCACAUCAACAAAGCUCCAGGACAGAUCAAUCUUGCACAGCUUCGACUCCAGCACAUGCAGCAGCAAGUUUAUGCCCAAAAACACCAGCAGCUGCAGCAGAUGAGGAUGGCACAGCCAUCUGCCUCCGUGCCCAGGCAGAGCAGCCCACAAGUCCUCCAGCAGCAGCCUCCCAGGUUGAUCAGCAUGCAGACCAUGCAGAGGGGUAACAUGAACUGUGGGGCUUUCCAAGCACAUCAGAUGAGAAUGGCUCAGAAUGCUGCUCGUAUACCAGGAAUACCACGCCACAAUGGACCUCAGUACUCCAUGAUGCAACCUCACCUUCAAAGACAACACUCGAACCCUGGGCAUGCUGGGCCUUUUCCAGUGGUUUCUGUGCACAACACCACAAUAAACCCCACCAGCCCCACCACAGCAACCAUGGCCAGUGCGAACAGGGGGCCCACGAGUCCGUCCGUCUCAGCCAUCGAGCUCAUCCCCUCCGUAACAAACCCGGAGAACCUGCCUUCCCUGCCAGAUAUCCCCCCCAUCCAGCUUGAAGAUGCUGGUUCCAAUAGUUUAGAUAACCUACUAAGUAGAUACAUCACAGGCAGCCACCUCCCCCCACAGCCCACGAGUACCAUGAAUCCCUCUCCAGGACCUUCAGCUCUGUCUCCAGGGUCAUCAGGUUUAUCCAACUCCCACACUCCGGUGAGGCCACCCAGUACCUCCAGCACAGGCAGCAGAGGAAGCUGUGGCUCCUCGGGCAGAACUGCUGAGAAAACUGGUGUGAACUUCAAGGCUGACCAAGUGAAAGUAAAGCAAGAGCCAGGCACAGAGGAAGAGAUCUGCAGCUUCUCAGGAACAGUAAAACAGGAAAAAACAGAGGAUGGCAGAAGGAGUGCUUGCAUGCUCAGCAGCCCCGAGAGCAGCUUGACGCCCCCGCUAUCCACCACCUUGCACCUGGAAAGCGAACUGGAAGCCUUGGGAAGCCUGGAAAACCACGUGAAGACAGAGCCAGGGGAUCUGAGCGAGAGCUGCAAGCAGUCUGGGCACGGGCUGGUGAACGGCAAGUCCCCCGUGCGCAGCCUCAUGCACCGCUCGGCCCGCGCGGGAGGGGAGGGCAACAACAAGGACGACGACCCCAACGAGGACUGGUGUGCUGUGUGCCAGAACGGGGGGGACCUGCUGUGCUGUGAGAAGUGCCCCAAGGUGUUUCACCUCACCUGCCACGUACCGACACUCCUCAGCUUCCCCAGUGGAGAGUGGAUAUGUACAUUCUGCAGAGAUCUGAGCAAACCUGAAGUAGAAUAUGAUUGUGACAACUCACAGCACAGCAAGAAGGGGAAAACAGCACAAGGCCUGAGUCCUGUGGACCAAAGGAAAUGUGAACGACUCCUGCUUUACCUGUAUUGCCACGAGCUGAGCAUUGAAUUUCAAGAGCCAGUCCCAGCCUCGAUACCAAACUACUAUAAAAUUAUAAAGAAACCCAUGGAUUUAUCCACGGUGAAGAAGAAGCUGCAGAAGAAGCAUUCCCAGCACUACCAGACCCCCGAGGAUUUCGUGGCGGACGUCCGGUUGAUCUUCAAGAACUGUGAACGGUUUAAUGAAAUGAUGAAAGUUGUUCAAGUUUAUGCAGAAACACAAGAGAUUAAUUUGAAGGCUGAUUCAGAAGUAGCACAGGCAGGGAAGGCAGUUGCAUUAUACUUUGAAGAUAAACUUUCAGAGAUCUACCCAGACAGGACCUUCCAGCCUUUGCCUGAAUUUGAGCAGGAAGAGGAUGAUGGUGAAAUAACUGAGGACUCCGAUGAAGAUUUUAUACAACCACGUAGAAAACGCCUAAAAUCAGAUGAGAGACCAGUGCAUAUAAAGUAAUCUAAUGAUAUGGACCUGAAAUUUAUUGUAAAAACUGUUAUUUAAGUGUUCCUGGAAUAUUAUCAUGCCUACAGUGGCCAUCUUGAAGAAGCUGAUAGCUUUUUAAACAGUAUUAGAUUACAAAAAAACACUUGUACAGAAAAACAUUCGCAUCAAAAGGGGAAAAAAACUGUGUUGUAAAUUUUUAGUGGUUUGUAAUUUUUUUUUUCUUUUCCUUGAUCCUUUCUUUUCCUGAUGGAGGGGACACACUCAUCCUGGUCUCACAGAUAGAGGUGGAGGAAAUGUUGAAGAGAAGCAGAUUUGAUAAGAGAUGUUCCAUGUACAGAUGAGACUUUGUAGGAGAACGUUCUGCAGGACUGGACCAAUACAGUGACUUUUUCUUGCAUUACACUGCAGUGUAAACUGUGAGCAAAGCCCCUGCAAUCCCCUCUCUGUGUGAACUCAAGUGUGUGUUGGUCAUUGCUUUGGUCACCUCAUUGGAGCAGAAUUGUGAAUAACUGGUCUUCUGUGUCGAUCAAUUGUUGGCAUUUUACUUUCUUUACUCCAUUUUAUGUGUAGCAAAAGGAAAAAGAAAAAUAUCAUUAAACUGUUCUGAAGUGGCAAGUGCAGGAAUGUGAGUUUUUGACAGGUAGGAAGAGCUAAGCUGGUGGCAACAACCUCUUUCAGUAGGAUGAGGUGUAUUUAUUAAAAUCCUGUGCCCAGAACAUUUUAAUGGAGUUCAUGGCAGAAGUCUCAGCGUCGUCAUCUGUCCCUGAUCCCCCUGAUGAGGCAGAAUGUUCUUUCCAGUAUUCAUUCUCUAGUUUUCUGUGCUUAAAAUAUAGACUGAAGAGGUAAUAACUGGUUGGGGUGUUUUUCCAGUCUUCCUAAAUAUCAGUUUCUAAUAGACCACUCGGCAGACAAUAACAUAUUAACUACCAAAUGUGUAAAAUUUCCUGUAUUCACUUUGUCUUAUUUGUAAAUAAUGAAUUGAGAUUUCUUGCAGCUCAGCAACAUUUGCUGAACUGUUUUUAAGCUAAUAUGUAUUCUUAUUGAUUGUUCCUAUCAAGAAAAGAUUUGUAAUAUAUGCUAUUUCUAACAUUGCAUUCAUUUUGAGGUUCUGUCUUAUUUUUCUUAAGAGUUACUUCUCAGAACUUUCUUCAGAAGCAGCUUGCGAGCGAAAUGUCCAGAAAGAUUGGAAUUCAGUCUGAGUUUUGGGUCACCUGUCCCUCCGCUGAACAAAGCACUUGCACAGACCAGGAUUUGGCUUGGAGUGGGUUUCUGGUCAAACAGGGAAAACAGAACAAUCUCCCAAAUCCCCUCGAGGCACCUCUGCAGUGCCUUCCCCUCGGACACUGCCUUCCUCCCUGUGCAAUCAGGGUCAGCACAAGGAUUUAUAGUUUUGCGUGGUUGUUUUCUUUCCUGACAGAAGUCAAUACUAGAAAUAAUGAAUGUCAUUUCUGGCCUUCAUCUCGCUCUUGCUGAAGUAAGCUGAAGAACUCAUGUGAUCAGAUGAGCUCGAGUUGACAGACUCUAAAUUUGCCGUAGUUUGGUGUGAAUACAACAAUUUCUGUGGUCAAUCCCUGGGGCUUUGGUGUCCUCAGCAACUCCUGUGACGUUGGACACACUUUACCAUAAUGGUAAAGAGAAGUGUUUGAGCACAAUAUCAGAUUU